AUGUCUAUUCUUUCGAGGCCGCCCCCCACAAAAUUCUUCGAGGGUAAAAUUGUCAAUAGGAGAUAUUUGUCCAGUGGCCAAUCGGCCAAGUCCACUUUCUUCAAACCUCUCACCGACGCCGCCACCGCACAGAGCGAGGUUCGGCUGAUCUACGGCGGGUCUACUGGUGGCGCAGCCUCUCCGAGAAAGCACCCAACGAGCGUGGUACACAUGGCGUCCUCAGAUGUUAACAGCACAGAUGAUCGUAUCUCUCGGAUCGCCUCCACCAUUCGGGUCAUACCAGAUUUCCCCAAGCCCGGGAUCAUGUUUCAGGAUAUAACGACGCUGUUGCUUGAUCCGAACGCGUUUAAGGAUACGAUCGAUUUGUUCGUUGAGAGAUACAAAGACAAAAAUAUCAAUGUUAUUGCAGGUGUUGAGGCAAGAGGUUUUAUAUUUGGUCCCCCUAUUGCACUGGCUAUUGGAGCAAAAUUUGUUCCUAUGAGGAAACCGAAAAAGCUGCCUGGGGAGGUAAUAUCAGAAGAGUACUCUUUGGAGUAUGGAACUGACACAAUGGAGAUGCAUGUUGGAGCUGUACAGUCUGGAGAGCGUGUGGUAGUGGUGGAUGAUCUCAUUGCCACAGGCGGCACCUUAGCUGCUGCAGUUAGCCUGCUCGAGCGUGUUGGAGCAGAUGUUGUUGAGUGCUCUUGUGUUAUUGAGUUGCCAGAACUUAAGGGUCGGGAUAAGUUGGGGGACAAGCCGCUGUUUGUUCUUGUGAGCUCAUCAAUAUGA